CCUAAUGAGCCACUGCCACCAGAUGAGUAAUCUUUGACGUCAUUUGAAAAUGGUCGUCCUCCAAUAUUAAAAAACUCACGCAAAUUAAAAACCGUAUUUAUUGAUAUUUACAACAAAUUUAAACGAUUAUAUGAAUUUCGAAACAAUAUAGAGAUAUUUUUUUAAUGAUAUGAUAUAAAAAUGCCUGUGUUAUCACCACGUAGAAGUAGCGCCUCACCGCUUACGGGAACGUAUAGAUCGACUUCGUCCACAAUAGACCGACCAUUUUACAAUAGCACCUCCAACUCGUACGUGCCGCGCAUUAGCAGCUAUAGCGAACGAUACACCACACGAAGCUACAUCGAUUCGGAUGGGCGUAAAGUGAUAUCGAGACAAGGUAGCAUCACCGAGGAUGGGAUCACGACAAGAUUCAAGGAGGAGACGCGCGAAAGUUCCGUUAGACGCGAUUCAAUCUCGCGCGACUCCGGCAUAAGUUCCCUCCGCGACAGCUCACUGACCCGUACCGACCCGAGAGUGUCGGCGAUAAGCGUCGCCGAAUCCGUCGCGGAAAUGCGCAACAAGUACUCGCCUUCAAAUUAUGUGCCGGCGUGUCUACGAAACGUCGACAAUAUCUCACGAUCGAAAAGCAUAAACGAUAUAGGAAAGCCGCCGCUCGAACGCGAGAAGGCGACGAAGUACAAGGUAAAUGACGGCUUGAGUUACAGUAACGGCUUGGGUGUGACAAAUUCUAACAAUACUAACAGUCUGGAGAAGAUGUGCGACAACGUGCUCAGCCUGAACGAGGACGACAACGGCAAUCGGACGGCGUCCGUCGCCGAAAUACGCAAAAAGUUUGAUCAAAGCAAUCUGCACAAAACUUCAAAGAACGACCUUACGAUCGAAGGUAUCGGCGUGAAGAUAUCCGAAAAUCGCUUCAAGAAGCAGGACAGUCUCGACAAGCACAAGAUUAAAAACGGUUCGCCGAAGAUGGGCGACGAGAAGCGGCCGGCGAAAUUGUCCAAGUUGGAGGUGCACGAGCGGUCCGCCAUGGACGACAGCGCGGAUCUGUCAAACUUCGACAAGUGCUUGGCGGCCGAUCUCACGAAAGGCACAAAAUUAAAUCAGUUUACUAGCGAUACCGAAAACGGACACGAGAAUUCCGAUGUUCUAGUCGACGAUGGAUACCGAAAUUUUAAUCACACGAGUAAUUUCGCGUCGUACAUACCGUCGAUGAGCGUCAACCAGGGCAACGGGGACUUCGUCAAGGAUGAGAUUUCGAUAGAUGAAGGGAAUGAUAUGGAAAAUCGGAAUUUACGUAACGAAAAUAGUCGCUAUCACAAGGCAAAAGUUAAUGUAAGUACAGGCCGCGUGUCGCAAAUUUAUUUAUAGCUCGUACUUGACAUU